AUGAUAGACUCUUUUCUGGAUGAAGUGAAUAAGAAAAUUGUUAAUGAUAGAAUAAGGCAGAGAAAGCAGGAUGAGAAGCUUACAAAAGUGGAAUCCAUCUCUCCUGAAAAGGAAGUGUCUGAGAAGGCGGUCACUGAAGUAAUCUCAGAUGAUUCGAUACUUUCAGUAUCUUCUCAAAGAGAAUCAGAUUCAAGCAUCAAUUCAGUAGAAAUAAGAAUGCCAACCUUUUCUCUUUUAUAUGAAAAACUUUGUGAUGCCAUAAUCCUUGCUAAUCAUGUGAUUCAAGAAGCUAUCUUUUAUUACUAUCAAUUUGAGAAAGCUCUUAUCCAGAGGCGAGUUAAGCUCAGCUUCUUACUACAUUUAUAUGGAGACACAUCUUGUAAACCAAGUUCACAAAGUGAUAAGAAAAAUUCUGAUUUAUCACAUAUCACCAGUUCAGAUACGUCUACUGAAUCUCAAGUUCCUAAUGAAUCUGCCCUAAAAAAAUUUAAUACCAAGGUAGAGAUCACUGCUGACGAUAUUGAUACAGAGGAUAUUGAGGGAAUGGAGAAUAUCAUAAACACCUUUACCCAAAGCAAAGAUAUUUAUGAAGAUAUUCUUCGUGAAGAGCCAGAUUUUUCAUCGAUAAAAUCUAAUGAAGCUAUCCCAGAUUAUGGGCCAUGUAUGAAAUAUGAUACUCCUAUUUUAACAGAAGAUCCACUUAGAUCCCUCAUGUUAAAUAUUUGUAGUGAUAUGGUCCACUGGACUUGUAUAAGAGGAACUGAUAAGAGAGGAACAUUAUAUUAUUCAUGUAGUAUAGAGAAAGAUAGUAAUCUAUUAUUGCUUUCAGAGGAUCUUGAAUUUGAUGAUGAUGAUGAUCUGUUUGAAAAAGCUUACGAUAAGUGUUUUAAAAUAAUCUCUAAAGUGCCUCUAUUAAGAUUUGAUGCUUCUGUAUUUAUACUAGUCGUACUGUUACCAUGUAGACAUAAGGCUCAUUUCAGAUACAUUGGUAAUAAGAAUAAGCUGUGUCCCAAAUGCCUGUCAAUUGAUAAUCUUGAAAAAGAAGGAUAUUAUAUUUCACCUACUUUCGAUGAAGCAUCCAAGAAAAGGAAGAGAAAAGAUGAUUCACGUAAAUCUAUUAGGGAUACAAAAGUGCAAACCAUAAUUUGUGAGCUAUCCAUCUGCCUAGCUAGUAAAGUAUUAAUUGGUGUACCUCCUGAAGAUUCUGACAUGAGAAAAGUUUCGAAUCAAUUCCAUAAAUUAUAUUAUAAGAUUGAUAAUGCAGAAAAAAAAUGGAAUUGA